AACUUGUUUUGUUCAAAUAGAAAUCUGUCCCUGAAAAAGAGAAGAAAAGAAAGGGAAACCUGGAAACUGGGUUGAGGAGGAGAGAGAGAGAGAGAGAGAGAGAGAGAGAGAGAGAGAGAGAGAGGGAGAGAAGAUGACAGAGGUGUCGAUGUGUAGCAGCAGUACCUCUGAGUUGAGUCCAGAUGAGGAGAGGAUCAUGAUCAGAGACAUUGCUCUUGCUUCUCAAGCUAACAGCAAAGAAGGCGACACCUUCUUUUUGAUCACCCAGAGGUGGUGGCAACAUUGGAUUGAAUAUGUGAACCAAGACCACACAAACACUUCUUAUGAUGGAUCUUCCUUUUUAGAACAAUGUGAUAUGGCCUAUUCGAAUGUUUCAAAGAAACCGUCUGGUAUUGAUAAUUCUGAUUUAAUACAUGAUGUUGCACCAGAAGACUCUAGUACAGGUAUUGAGAUUCAUGAUACUCUUUUAGAAGGCCGUGACUAUGUAUUACUUCCCCAAGAAGUUUGGAACCAAUUAUUUACGUGGUAUGGUGGUGGACCUACAUUGCCAAGGAAAGCUAUCAGUUUAGGUCUUUCCCAGACAGAAUUGACUGUAGAGGUGUACCCUUUACGGCUUCAGUUACUUGUGUUGCCAAAAAAUGAACGUUCCUCUAUAAGAAUAAGCAAGAAGGAAACCAUUGGACAGCUUCACAGGAAAGCUUGUGAAAUAUUUGAUCUUCAGCUGGACCAAGUGCGCAUUUGGGAUUACUAUGCCCGUCGGAAGCAUACCUUGAUGAAUGACAUGGACAAAACUCUUGAUGAUGCCAAUUUACAAAUGGAUCAAGAUAUUCUUGUUGAGGUCCUCAGCAAUACAAAUAGCACAAGUGCUGCUCUAGAGAAUGGAUCAGCACAGAGGGAAGCAAAUUCUGUUCUUGUGGAGCCUCCAAAGUCAAGUUUAUCAAUUGCUGGUGGCCUGUCUGCCAGCAAGGGGGCAUCUAGAGGCUACAAUGUGGAACUUUCUUCAUCUCAGAACCUAACUUCUCCAGUCAGAGAUGUGGAAAAUCCUUAUGGAACUAGUGGUGUCACCACAAGAGGUUCAUUUGGUGGUCUCACUGGAUUGAUGAAUCUUGGCAAUACUUGUUUCAUGAAUAGUGCAAUACAGUGUCUAGUUCAUACACCAGAAUUUGCUAAGUACUUCAGGGAGGACUAUCAUCAAGAGAUAAAUUGGCAAAAUCCACUGGGCAUGGUUGGUGAACUAGCCCUUGCAUUUGGUGAGUUGCUUCGGAAAUUAUGGGCACCUGGGCGAGCACCAAUUGCCCCUAAGCCUUUCAAAACAAAACUUGCUCGCUUUGCACCUCAGUUCAGUGGACACAGUCAGCAUGAUUCUCAGGAGCUUUUAGCAUUUCUACUGGAUGGUCUCCAUGAAGACCUGAAUCGUGUAAAGCACAAACCAUAUAUAGAUUCUCGAGAUGCUGAUGGCCGACCAGAUGAAGAAGUGGCUGAUGAGUAUUGGGCAAAUCAUAUUGCUCGUAAUGAUUCCAUAAUUGUUGAUGUGUGCCAGGGGCAAUACAAGUCGACUUUGGUUUGUCCAGUUUGCAAUAAAGUCUCUGUCACUUUUGAUCCUUUUAUGUACCUUUCGCUGCCACUCCAGUCCACCGGCACUAGGACCAUGACAGCGACAGUUUUUACAUGUGAUGGAACUGCCCUGCCAUCUCCUAUUACAGUAACUGUGUCCAAGCAGGGAAGAUGCAGAGAUCUUAUCCAGGCGCUUAGCAAUGCUUGCUCAUUGAAGCCUAAUGAGAGGCUGUUGCUGGUAGAGAUUCGAAACCAUUUGAUCCAUAGAUUUUUUGAAGAUCCUCUUCAAUUGUUGUCCUCAAUCAAAGAUGAUGACCGCCUUGCUGUUUACAAGAUUCCGAAGAUGGAAAAAAAUACAAAGUAUCUCCAGUUGAUACAUCGCCGUAGAGAGCAGAAUAGUGACUCCCUGACCAUAUCUGGAUGGAAACCAUAUGGAACACCCAUUGUUUCAUUGAUCUCAUGUGAUGAUACGGUCACAAGAGGUGAUAUACAGGCAAUAGUUAAUCGUAUGCUCUCUCCUCUGCUAAAGAAAGGUGGCAAUGUAGAACAGGCUGCUUUGUCUGAAACCAGCAUCCCAAAAGAAACAUCUGACCAAUCCAGUGCUGCCAAUGUGGUGUCAAAUUCAGUCAUUUCAAAGACACGACAAAUGCCAACAUUACCUCUUCUGUUGGUAGACGAUAACAAUGCUUGCAUUGAUCUUUCUAUGGGAGGGGACAAAGUAGUUCAAUUGCCACCAUCAUCUCCAACUGUUCUGGUGUAUAUUGAUUGGUCUCAAAAGCUUCUGGAGAAGUAUGAUACUCGUCCACUUGAGGCUUUGCCAGAAGUUUUGAAAUACGGGCCUGUAACCAAGAAAGCUCGUACUGAACCUCUCUCCUUGUACACUUGCUUGGAAUCUUUUCUGCGUGAAGAACCUCUGGUGCCUGAAGAUAUGUGGUACUGUCCUAAAUGCAAAGAGAGACGGCAAGCAAGCAAAAAGCUUGAUUUAUGGAGGCUCCCAGAGGUUUUGGUCAUUCAUUUAAAGAGGUUCUCAUACAGCAGGUCAAUGAAGCACAAGCUUGAGACAUUUGUUAACUUACCCAUUCAUGAUUUUGACUUAACAAGUUACAUAGCCAACAAAAACAACUCUCGUCCCCAACUGUAUGAACUGUAUGCCCUCACAAAUCAUUAUGGUACAUUGGGUAGUGGGCAUUACACUGCACAUAUCAAGCUUUUAGAUGAAAACAGGUGGUACAAUUUCGAUGACACCCAUAUAUCAGCUAUAAGUGAAGAUGAGGUUAACACCGCUGCUGCGUAUGUUUUGUUUUACCGGAGGGUGAGGACUGAUGAUGCUGCUGUAAACAAUGGGGCUUAGUCUUAGUUUGCAUUUUUAUGCACAAUGAGCAUAUAUGUUCUGUGAUUAUAGAAAAUUAUAGAAAACUUAGGUGAGUAAUUGCAGGAGUGUCUCAAGUAAGGGAGUUUUCAUUUCAUGUAUUGAAAAACCGAAGCCUGUUGAUAUGAGAGUGUAGUCAAUGAAAUAAUCCUUUCCCUAUGUACUCUCUAUUGUUUUGGAGUUUCUUUGGGGGAGUGUAGGUGGUAGUUGAAUUUGACAUCCUUUGCUUUUAGAAACAAAUGGUAACUGAGCAACUUGACUUGUUUACCGUGUUCUACUGCUCAAAGCACUUUGCAGCUGUUGAUUAUUAUCUAGAUAAAUUGUAUUUGUAAUUUUCAAAAUAUUUAUUUUGUACAUUCUAUUUUUCAA